UUAAAACAGGUGCAUGGACAUGGUUGCAAUUACAUCUUCACAAUGUGUGGCGUCCUGAAAGUGAAAGGGGAAACUUCCCAUGAAAGUAAACAAACAGCACGCGGCAACUUGAAGAACGUAAAGGUCGAAUAACGUCGGGGGGGAAACUGAGGAGAUGCUGAUGAUGAAGUGAGAGGAAGCAGGAGGUGAAUACCUGCCUCUGUUCAUGUCAACCUCUUGCUCGAAAGCGAAUUUCCUCUGGAAUUUUCUCUUCAAGCUCAGAUGUGGAUGUGAGGAAAUGUCUCAGUGCUGUCACUAGUAUAAAAGUGUCCCGCACUGAAGAGCUGCCAUCAUCACUUCAGGACGCCGAUGCCAAGAUGAAGGCACUCACUCGGAGCAUCAUCCUGUCCGCGUUUCUACAAAUCUGCAGCCUAAAUCCCAUAAGCUACUGGACUCUGCUCCCGAACGUUCUGGUUGUGGAGGUGAAUGGCUCUCUGGGGACGCAACCCUUGAGCUGCUUGGGGUCACCAGAGGAUGGACUAAGGAGAGACAUCAAAAGUCAGGAUAUUUUUUGGAAGAACAAUGGGGUUGAGGAAGAACAGAGAGGAAACACCUACUUGGUGCAGCUGGAGGAAAGCUUAGGAGGGGGCAACUACAGCUGCCACAGAAAGGACGGAUCACUCAUCAACUACACUGUGGUCCUGAUCCAAGAGGAUGAAACUAUGAGGAAGAAGAUUGUUGUGAAAACUGAUGAAGACGAUUAUUUAAAGUGUUCAGCUCGGAAUUACAAUGGAGAGUUCCACUGCUCUUGGACCUGGGACAGAAAUCGUAAAAGCAAAGUAGCAUUUAUUGAAGCUAGGCGCGACAGUCAUUGUUCUCUGGACGCCACUGACGGGCACUGGACAUGCUCCUCAGAUCAGAGUUCCUUUAGCUGUGUGGUGGAUUAUAGUGGAAACAGUAUCUCCUGCGUGGAUGAACAGCACUGCCCUUAUGCUGAGGAGAGCCAGCAGAUCUAUGUCAACGUUUACGUGAGGACUGAGCACUUCCUGGUGGAGAACUACUCGAAGCAGUUCUAUCUGUCGGAUAUCGUGAAACCUGACAAGGUGACGAUCAAUAAAGUCAACAAAACAGUGGUAGAGUGGAGUUACCCGAGCUCCUGGAGCAGUCCCUACUCGUACUUCCCACUCACGUUCCAGAUUGCACAGCUCGAGAGGGGAUGCAGAAGGUGUGUCAACCCGUGCACUCACUCAAAAGCUGCAAAGAACGUCUACUCCACAGACAUGUGUCAGUUUAAAGUGAAGCACAGGGCCAAGAUGGUUUGUGUCCGAGCUCAGGAUGCUCUGUGUAACUCACAGUGGAGCGAAUGGAGCCACUUCAGGUUGGUGCCUCCCAGUGGUUCAACGCGGAACUUUCACCUUUUUACCUCCUACCUUUUUCCCACACUUUGUGCUUUGCAUGUUCUGCUCUGUUGCCACUCGUGUGAUAGCUGCCCUUCUCUGCAUUAUUGUACAUCUGUUUCAGCUUCCUGUUUUUAACAAAUUCUUUCUACUACUGUUCACUGUGGUGUGUUUUGUUCUUUGGUCUUGGUACAGAGAACAGUUCUUAUAGCAUCAGGCCUAUUUU